AUGAAACACCAUGAUGUCCCUCCAUUUGCCGAUCAUAAAGAUCUCCACAAUGUCAUAGAUGUGACACAGCUUGGUGAUGUCCCUUUGCAAUCUUUCUCGGUUCAAUACACAGGAGAACACCCUGAGAUUGUCCCACCAUGGAUGGAUGAUGAAUUUGAGGUGUGGUAUAGGGACCCCCAUGUGAUGGCGCACAACAUAUUAGCCAACCCUACCUUCAAAGACAAAAUCAACUAUAUGCCAUUUCAUGAAUACAAUGCAGCAGAUGACACACGCCGUUGGAAAGACUUCAUGUCUGGGGACUGGGCAUGGCAACAAGCAGUAUGUUUCCAGCUAUUACUGCUCCGAGACACCAUAUCAAAAGAUCCAGAGGCACAUGGAUCUGCAUUAGUCCCAAUCAUUCUCAGUAGUGAUAAAACUACCGUUUCUGUGGGCACCGGUAACAAUGAGUACUAUCCCCUCUAUGCCUCAAUUGGCAAUGUAUGCAACAACAUAUGGUGUGCUCACCGCAAUGCUCUUGUCAUAAUCAGUUUCCUCACCAUACCCAAAACUGACAGGAAGCAUUCAAAAGACAACAUGUUUCGGAUAUUUCAUCGCCAGCUAUUCCACAGCUCACUAUCUGCUAUUCUCUCCAGCUUGAAAUCUGCAAUGACCAAAUACGAAGUUGUGCACUGUGGAGAUGGUCAUUUUCAGUGCAUUAUCUACAGUCUAGGACCCUACAUAGUGGAUUAUGAGGAACAAUUAGUGCUAUCUUGUAUUGUUAAGCAUUGGUGCCCAAAAUGUAUUGCAGUUCGAACGAACCUCAAUGGCAGUGGCAUGUAUCACUGUCAUGGGCAUACUGAUUUCCUAAUUGAUGAGCUACACGGGGAUGUAUUAUGGGAUGAAUUCAGUAUCAUUGGCGAUCUCAUUCCCUUUACAAACAACUUCCCCCAAGCAGAUAUCCACGAGUUACUGUCAUUUGACCUCCUCCAUCAGCUCAUUAAAGGUGCAUUCAAAGACCAUCUCGUCGACUGGGUAGCAAAGUACCUCAAGGCUGCACACAGGACCAGGCGGGCAGAGGAGAUUAUGAGUGACAUAGAUUGCAGAGUCGCUGCUGUACCAUCAUUUGCUGGCCGCAACUUCAAACAGUGGACAGGUGAUGAUUUGAAAGUGCUCAUGAAGGUCUUUCUUCCAGCUAUCAAAGGCCACAUACCUGGAGAUAUGGUUCAUGCAUUUUGCGCAUUGUUAGAAUUUUGUUAUCUUGCAUGGCACGAUGUUGUCACCAAAGAUACCUUAAAUCAGAUUCAAGACACACUUCACCGUUUCCAUCACUAUUGCAAGAUAUUUGAUCUUGUCGCUGUAAAGGAGCCCUGGCAUUGGUCAAGCAGGCACAAUGCCCUUGGUCAGAUGCUUGUAACCAAUCAACACCUUGACAAGCUUGCAGCAUCCCAUGUAGACUUUGAUGCAUUAGGGAUGCUCACUGGUACUAUUUUGUCAAGUGCUUUAGCCACUCUUGAACAAAAACGGGCACAAACAGUAGCAGCAUUAGCAUGUGGAGUUGCUGUUCCAGACCUCCAAGAUGAUCCCCGCGAUCCCGCAGAUGUCCAAACUGGUAGCUUGCCUCGGCAUGAAGGCAAGCUCCAGGUCUUCAAUUCUGCUGCUGCAACUUUCUUUGCUCCCAGUGAUCUGAGUGGUACUGGUGGCAUAAAUGAGCACCCAUGCAACAACUGUGUGUUCAUCAACACUGAUUCGGACACUCAAGGCAUGCGAGGACUUGAAGUUGCGAGAAUCAUAUGCUUCUUUUCUUUCAAUCACAACUGGGAAGUAUAUCCAUGCACUCUCAUUCAAUGUUUCCAUGAGGAUGGUUCUCAGCACCCUGCUGUGAUUCAUAUCAAGACAGUUUCUGACUACAUCCCUCAUGGCCUCAUGUUUUACCAUUCUAUUGAUUCUUUCCACUCAUUUUAUGUCAAUAAGUUCACCGAUCACCAUGCCUUUGAAAUAGCCUCCUGA